AUGAAUGUUGCUACCUAUAUUGCAGCCUGCAAGGCCAGGGGUUCAGAUCUCAGAUGUCACUUCAAGAAUACGAGAGAAACAACACAUGCUCUCAGGAAAAUGCCUUUAAUAAAGGCUAAGAGGUAUUUGGAAGAUGUUCUGAUCCAUAAACAGGCUAUUCCCUUCAUCCGAUUUUGUAGGGGUGUUGGUCGUACAACUCAGGCUAAAAACAGACAUUCCAAUGGUCAAGGUAGGUGGCCUGCCAAGUCAGCAAAGUUCAUUUUGGAUUUGCUCAAGAAUGCUGAAAGCAAUGCUGAGGUGAAAGGGUUAGAUGUGGAUGCCCUUUUCAUUUCUCAUAUACAAGUCAACCAAGCACAAAAACAAAGAAGGAGAACUUACCGCACCUUGGUGAUGGAGGCUAAACUUGGUGAUGGCGACUAUUACUAUGACAUGUCAUACUUGGUGCCUUAUUCAAACCUGACGCUGAAGGAGAUGGGAAUGAGUCUAAUUCAACCAUUUCUUCUGAGUCUGAUGAUAAUGGAGUUGUUAAUGAAGAAUCCUAGAGCCAAAACAACAAAAGAUCAGAGAUGA